AUGUAUAUUCCUCAAAAACGGUCCAUCGACCAUAAAAACAGCAUCUUUAUUGUUGUUUUCGUGGUGAUUGUUUUCGUACUUGCAGUAUGCGCCGUCAGCUUUUUCCUAGCCCGAUACCUUCGACAACGGCACUAUGAGCCGAAGUAUAUACCCGGAACCUAUUUCAAACGGAAAUGGAAACAAUGGCAGCCCGGCAGUGCUUCGUAUGGCCAAGUUCCUAAUCAGGGAGCUGCCAAUGGAAACCAGGACACUUCAUAUCAAGGAGCAGGCGCAACCAAUCCAGAAAUGACGACCGCGGGUGUCCAGCGUGAGACGUCGAUUCGAUCCAUCAUUACCUUACCCGCCUACUCGCCGAGUCCGAAGCCGACCGAGCAAAUAAUCGGGCGCGAAGGAGAGCGUGAAGGAAUGGACAUGGUGGUAGAAUUUCCUGAAACAUCAGAAGAGCAAGAGGCUCGUCGCGAGGAUCAAAUGGAGUCAUUAUACCAGGUCCGCCUUCAGCGUCGCCAAGAGCUCGCCGAUCGAGAGGCCCGGCGCCGUGAGCGUCGCUCAGCACGAUCUCGCGGCGAUAUAGUUCGUCUAGAAGAAUUGGCCGCCGAAUCACGCGCCCGCACAAGCCGCCGCCAUCAAGCAAGUUCCAGCAACACAUCGCUCAGUGCAUCCACCGUUAUCGCCGAACAGCAAUCCCGGGAGCGGGAACGCCGUAUCUCCAGCGUCAGCUACGCUUCAAUCGGUCGCGUCCGCCAUGACGGAUCCCGCCUACGAGCCGAUUCCCACGAAUCCGAUCAUCAGCCUCUCCUAGAAAAUGCCGUUGUGAACGCAUCGUCGCCUUCUUUGAACGACCAGCCGCUUACCAGCCUCCGCUCCCGCGGUGAGUCGCUAGCUUCGUCUAUUCUGACUACAGAUACGGGCGGGACCGACAGUGAUCCACUCAUCCUGCGCCCAAGCUCUACGCGCGGGUCUAGUCGCCCCGCUUCACAGCUGGAAGAGGGGGAGGAUCUUGGAACCCUGAGCAUCCAGCCACCCCCUGAAUACGAACAUCUCGACUGGGGCGACGCACCCGCAUAUGAGAGCCCAACCCGUGAAGGUGCCGAGGAGCCGCGCCAGUUAGCAUCGAUAUUGACAACACCCUUGCCAUCUAUUCAAGUCGAUAUCGCCAGUCCCGUCGCGAUUCGUCCAUCCACACCGACCGAGCCCCGUCAUCCAGAAGAUGACCCUGAUACUACACCCAGGGGCCCUACCCGCACCUCUGUGGUUUCAGAAAUUGAUUCCGAAUCCACACCGGGGCAUGCCCCUGUCUCAUGA